UUUUUUUUUUAACUCCAGUUUAACAACCAUCGAAAAAACCUCAACCUCUCCAAGGAAGUUUUUAUUUUAUUUUUCUCACCAAGACUCAAUUGAGCCUCGUCUCUCUCUUUCUACGACCGAAGGAAAUCCCCUCUCAUCCUUUUGAUCCGAUCUUUCACAAUGGCCAGCCCAACCCAGUCAACUUCCUCAACCAAGGUUGAGGCCGUCGUCCAGAGCGCCGCCGCUGCCGCCGCGCCCAGCAGCCAGCUCAGUGGUAUUGGCCUCUACUCCCGAUUCGCCCUCGCUGGUUCCAUCUGCUGCUCCGUUACCCACGGCGCUCUCACUCCCGUCGAUGUCGUCAAGACACGUAUCCAGCUCGACCCCGUCACCUACAACAAUGGCAUGAUCGGUGGUUUCCGGAAGGUCAUCCAGAGCGAGGGUGCCGGCGCUCUCCUAACCGGCUUUGGCCCAACCUUUGCCGGCUACUUCCUCCAGGGCGCCUUCAAGUUCGGAGGAUAUGAGUUCUUCAAGCAACAAGCCAUCAACCAGCUCGGCAUAGAGAACGCCUCCAACUACCGGACGGCCGUCUACCUCGCCUCUUCCGCCGCUGCCGAGUUCUUCGCUGAUAUCGCCCUCUGCCCUCUCGAGGCCACCCGUAUCCGUCUCGUGUCCGAGCCCACCUAUGCCAAUGGCCUUGUCGGCGGUUUCGGCAAGAUGCUCAGAACCGAGGGUAUCGGUGCAUUCUAUGCCGGCUUCGGUCCUAUCCUCUUCAAGCAGGUUCCUUAUACCAUGGCCAAGUUCGUCGUCUACGAGAAGGUCGCCGAGGCCGUCUACCGCCUAUACCCCAAGAAGGACAUGUCCGACGGCCUGCAGACCACCGUCAACCUGGGCAGCGGCCUGAUCGCUGGUUUCGCUGCCGCCAUCGUCUCCCAGCCCGCCGACACCAUGCUCAGCAAGAUCAACAAGACCAAGGGCCUGCCCGGAGAGGGCACCACCUCCCGCCUCAUCAAGAUCGGCAAGGAGCUCGGCUUCCGCGGCUCCUACACCGGCCUCGGCGCCCGUCUCUUCAUGGUAGGAACUCUCACCGCCUUCCAGUUUGCCAUCUACGGCGAUGUGAAGAAGGCCUUGGGUGCGACUGGGGGGGUAGAAAUUGCCAAAUAAAGAACGAAAAACGGUGGGAGGGCAGCGGAGCGAGAGCGGGGGACCCGGG